AUGUCCUUCCUUGGCGGGGCAGAAUGCUCGACCGCGGGCAAUCCGCUCAGCCAGUUCCAGAAGCAUGUCCAAGGCGACAAGCAAUUACAAGGAGACCGUCUGGCACAGAGGGGACCCAACGCACUCGCCGGAGGCUUCCGCAGCGGUGGCGGCAGCGCCCAGCAGGAUGAGAUGAUGAACGGCUUCUUGAACAAGAACCCCAACCUCCAGCAAGAGAUCCCCAUGCCCAAUGGCUCCAUCCACAUUGACCCCGCCCACGCCGUCCACCUCCGCGCCGCCUCGACAUCCCCGACAUGGACAAACGAGUUCCAGGCCCAGUCCUCCAUGGAGGCCGCCUUCAAUGUGCCCCAGGGCACCCGCUUCAGCCCCGAGGACUUUGCGCGCUUCCGCCAGAUGAACCACCAGCCCUCGUCGGCGCGGUCGAGCCCCAUGCCCGCCCAGCAGAACAUGAACCCGCAGUCGGCCCUCAACUACCCCUACUCGGGCGGCAUGAUGAUGGGCGGACCCAUGUACCAGCAGUCCCUGUACCAACAACCAAUGCAGCACCAGCACCAGCAGCAGCCCAUGCCACAGCAGGACGCCAAGGGCAAGGGCAAGCUCGUCGAGCUCGACGACAACAAGUGGGAGGAGCAGUUUGCCCAGAUGGAGCUGCAGCACAAGGAAGACCAGGAGGCCAAGGCCGCCGAGCCGGAGCUCGAGGAGAUGGACAGGGCCAUGCAGUCCGAGACGAACGAGUUUGGCGACUUUGAGUCGAUAUGGAAGGGCAUCCAGUCCGAGACGGCGGCGGCGCGCUCCAUGGUCGACGGCGACACGACGUUCGACAAGUUUGACAGCGAGGACUGGGUGCCGCCGGACUUCCAGGGCCUCGGCAAUGACUACUGGGGCGGCCGGCUCGGCGACCCCGUCGUCGAGCCCUAUCUGUUCGAGGAGGACAACAUCUUCAUCGACGAGAAGAACGCGUUCGACGAGGGCGUGCGCAUCAUGCGCGAGGGCGGCAACCUGUCGCUGGCGGCCCUCGCCUUUGAGGCCGCGACGCAGCAGGACCCGAGCCACGUGCAGGCGUGGGUCUAUCUCGGCCAGGCGCAGGCGCAGAACGAAAAGGAGACGGCGGCGCUGCGCGCCCUCGAGCAGGCCAUCAAGCUCGACCCCGCCAACCCGUCGGCGCUCAUGGCGCUCGCCGUGUCCUACACAAACGAGGGCUACGACUCGACGGCGUACCGCACGCUGGAGCGCUGGCUCUCGGUCCGGUACCCGCAGAUCAUCGACCCGGCGUCGCUGCACCCGCCGUCGGAGCUCGGCUUCACCGACCGGCAGGUGCUCCGCGAAAAGGCGGCGCAGCUGUCGCCCGACGGCGAGCACAUGGACCCCGACGUGCAGGUCGGGCUCGGCGUCCUCUUUUACGGCGCCGAGGACUACGACAAGGCCGUCGACUGCUUCACGUCGGCGCUCAACUCGUCGGCCCAGGGCGACUCGACGCAGCAGGAGAAGCUGCACCUGCUCUGGAACCGCCUCGGCGCGACGCUCGCCAACUCGGGCCAGUCGGAGGAGGCCAUUGCCGCCUACGAGAAGGCGCUGAGCAUCCACCCCAACUUUGUGCGCGCGCGCUACAACCUCGGCGUCAGCUGCAUCAACAUUGGCUGCCACGACGAGGCGGCCGCCCACUUCCUCGCCGCGCUGAGCAUGCACAAGUCGAUCGAGCGCGAGGGCCGCACCAAGGCCUACGAGAUUCUCGGCGGCGGCGGCGCCGGCGGCGGCACCAACACGACCGAGCUCGACGAGAGGCUCGACCGCAUGACGGCGCAGAACCGCAGCUCGACCCUGUACGACACGCUGCGGCGCGUGUUCACCCAGAUGGGCCGCCGGGACCUCGCGGACAAGGUGGUCGCCGGCGUGGAUCCGGAUGUGUUCAAGGGCGAGUUUGAUUUCUAG